UGAAGAGAGACAGGGACAGAGAGGGAGAGGGAUAGAGGAAGCGAGACAAGGACAGAGAGACACAGAGAGAGAGAGAGAGCGAGAGAGAGAGACACAAACACACACACACACACAAACAGAUAAGGAGACACACACACCCCCACAGAGCAGUGGUGGUAACUGGGAAGCUGCAGCGCGGCUCGGGGACCCGCCGGAACAAGCAGAAGCAGCAGGCGAGCUGUGGACGCAGCCCCGAAACACUUCGAGAGCACGCGCGACACUGAGGCGGCCAGAGGGGCGGAGAGGAGCAGGAGGAGGAGGAGGAGGAGGAGGAGGAGGAGGAGGAGGCACCUGCACCGAGACUCGCUCUCCGCCGCUGCCUCCAUCGUCAGCUCCCGUCACCCCUCGUUCGUUCCUCUCGGGCCGCCGCCGCCGCUUCCUCGUUAAAGAUGGCUGACCCCAGCAGCGACGGAGAGGCACCGGAGAGCGCGCGCGGCUUCGCCCGCCAGGGAGCCCUCCGCCAGAAGAACGUGCACGAGGUGAAGAACCACAAGUUCAUCGCGCGCUUCUUCAAGCAGCCCACGUUCUGCAGCCACUGCACGGACUUCAUCUGGGGCUUUGGGAAACAGGGAUUCCAGUGCCAAGUGUGCUGUUUUGUAGUCCAUAAGCGCUGUCAUGAGUUUGUCACCUUUUCUUGUCCGGGGGCCGACAAGGGACCAGCGUCAGACGAUCCUCGGAGUAAACACAAGUUUAAGGUCCACACGUACUCUAGCCCCACCUUCUGUGACCACUGUGGCUCCCUCCUCUAUGGGCUGAUACACCAGGGCAUGAAAUGUGACCACUGUAUGAUGAACAUCCACAAGCGGUGUGUGGCCAACGUCCCGAGUUUGUGUGGGACAGAUCACACCGAGAGGAGAGGACGCAUCCAGAUCACUGCCCAGAUCACUGAGGACACACUCACCGUCAGCAUCAAAGAGGCUAGGAACCUGGUGCCCAUGGACCCCAACGGCCUGUCAGACCCUUACGUCAAACUCAAACUGAUCCCAGACCCCAAGAGUGAGAGCAAGCAGAAGACCAAGACCAUCAAGUGUUGCCUCAACCCCACCUGGAACGAGAGCUUCACAUUCAAACUAAAAGAAAGUGACAAGGACCGCCGUCUGUCGGUGGAGAUCUGGGACUGGGAUUUGACCAGUAGGAACGACUUCAUGGGAUCCCUGUCCUUUGGGAUCUCAGAACUACAAAAACUAGGGGUAGAUGGAUGGUUUAAGCUGCUGUCCCAGGAGGAAGGAGAAUACUUUAAUGUUCCUGUUCAGGCGGAGGGAGAGGAAGGCAACGAGGAGCUUCGACAAAAGUUUGAGAGAGCCAGGGUUGGUCCAGGCAAGCCCACAGACUCGUCGUCCUCCUCCUCGAUGUAUAAGUAUGACAGCAAUGGCAAUCAGGACCGUGUCAAGCUCUCAGACUUCAACUUCAUCAUGGUUCUCGGAAAAGGCAGCUUCGGCAAGGUGAUGCUGGCUGAAAGGAAGGGUACGGACGAGUUGUAUGCCAUCAAGAUCCUGAAGAAGGAUGUGGUGAUCCAGGACGAUGACGUGGAGUGCACCAUGGUGGAGAAGAGAGUCCUCGCUCUGGCGGGGAAACCACCUUUCCUCACUCAGCUGCACUCAUGUUUCCAGACCAUGGACCGAUUGUAUUUUGUGAUGGAGUAUAUAAAUGGAGGAGACCUCAUGUACCAGAUCCAACAGGUCGGCAAGUUCAAGGAGCCUCAUGCUGUGUUUUAUGCUGCAGAGAUCGCCAUCGGACUCUUCUUCCUUCACUCCAAAGGCAUCGUGUACCGGGAUCUGAAGCUGGACAACGUGAUGCUGGACUCUGAGGGACACAUAAAGAUCGCCGACUUUGGCAUGUGCAAAGAGAACAUGUUGGACGGAGUGACCACGAAGACUUUCUGUGGAACACCUGACUACAUUGCUCCAGAGAUCAUAGCCUAUCAGCCUUAUGGGAAGUCUGUGGACUGGUGGGCCUUCGGAGUGCUGCUGUAUGAAAUGCUCGCUGGACAGCCGCCUUUUGACGGGGAGGAUGAGGAUGAGUUGUUCCAGUCGAUCAUGGAGCAUCACGUCUCUUACCCCAAAUCCAUGUCCAAAGAAGCUGUUGCCAUCUGCAAGGGGCUGAUGACCAAACACCCAGGUAAGCGUCUGGGCUGUGGUCCAGAGGGCGAGAGAGACAUCAAGGAGCACGCCUUCUUCCGUUAUAUAGACUGGGAAAAACUGGAGAAUAAAGAGGUCCAGCCGCCUUUCAAACCUAAAGCUAAAUCUCGCUCCGACGUCGGCAACUUCGACAAGGAGUUCACCAAGAUGGCGGUGGAGCUGACGCCCACGGACAAGCUCUUCAUCAUGAACCUGGACCAGAACGAGUUUCAGGGCUUCUCUUACACCAACCCUGAAUUUAUUAUACAAGUCUGACGACUUCCUGCUGGUUAGACGCAGCCCAGACAAGACUUUUCUCAGAUCCGUGCAGCCCAGUUACAUUUCACCAAAGAGUCGUCAAGCAUCUCAUUGGCCCCGGCUGGACUCAAACCCCUCAAACACAAAGACACACACACACAUAAAAACACACAUAAACUGGGCAAUAACCUUUGAAACUUCACUGGCUACAUAAUCCCUCCUACAAGCAGAGGAAUUAAAUGUUUCUAUCCGCUGGUUGUUCGCAUUGGGACUGACUUCGUCCACCACAUGGUAAUAAUGGUCAAAUACCUGAACACUUGUGUAGUAUUCAUGGGACCUCGUGGUGAACACGUCAAUACAGGGGCUGACGAGCAGCAGUCACAGCGAAUGAGUAGCUGUCUAUGUGGGCUAUCGAUCCACAGCAGCGCGUCUUUGUAUACUUGAUUUCCCUCUCUUCAGCCUGUAAAGGUUGCGUCAUGAACAUUCCAUGAUCAAUAUGUCAUGUAUGUGCUCACACACACACGUGUCUUUGCAGGCUGCAGUUCAGAGGGAAGGAAGGUUUCGAACUAUCAAAGUCCAAAGGCCCUGUUCUUCAAAGGUGGUUUAACUAAAUCAGGCUAAAUUGAUACAGUUUUAAUCUCAUCCAGCUAAUUUGGUUCUUUGAAAGCGGUUUCAGGAUUGACUGGUUCAUCUUCGUGCCGGCAGCUGCGUGAGAAAGCUGAGUUGGGAGAUGUAACAGUUCUUUGACAAAACGUCUUAAAACACUUAGUCCUUAUAUACUUUUGUUAAUUUGUGUACGUACAUUAUCCUAAAUAUUUCCAACCAUGUUGGGAGAAAUCAGGAUUUUUCUGAAUAAAGUCAUAUCCCCUUUGCUCGUAUUAGUUUCGGGGCUAACGACGUAUGACGAGGGAAAAACGCGCUGCUAGCACGUUAGCACUUUGUCUUGGUCAGUCGUAAUCGAUCAUGAUUAUUCAUUGCCCUAUGCUGCGUGAUAUGAACUCAACUUAAUACAUCAGAACAUGAUUUUGUGCCUGAUUCAACUCAGGUAGAUUUAUAUCGGCAGUCGUGGUGAAGACAAUUCCCAUGAUCCCAUGCUGCUUGACGAUGUCCUCAAACUAUAGGCCUUUUAUUAUUGUUUUCAUCGAAAGACCCCUAGUGGCUGACGCUGCAAAAUAAGCCCAACCGAGGCAAAGCCUCUUGUUUGUGGGUCCAUCCAUUGUCUAUACUGGUUAACGUUUGAGGGGGAGCUGGAGCCAAUCCCUUCUGACACUGGGCGAGAGGCACUUUGGACAGGUCGCCAGGGCUGAUGUACAGAUCUAUCUAUCUUAAAUUAAGAGUCUUCAAUUAAGCGAAGUUCUUGCAUUUCACUGGUGUUUACUUGUCUCAUUUAACUCAAUGUGUGGAAACCCUUUGGAGCGUCAUGCAGAACAGGUCUGUUGGAUCAUCAGCUGGGAGGUUCUCUGACUUUCAAAGAUCCCUAGAGAAAGACCUAAAUGUUUUCCAUGUGCAGGGACCUCAUUUAUAACCUUGUGGCUAAGUUGGUCCUGAACUUAAUCUCAAGCACGUCUCGUCUUCCAAAUUGAUGCAAAAGAAAACCAACUAAAAAAUAUUUUUAAAUGUCUCCGUCUCUUGCUUAAUCUCUUUCUCCUUUCUCUAAGGCACUGUGUAUACAGUGGGUCAGUGCUGUGUAGGCCUCUACAGUCUUUGUGGUGCAGCUCCUCUAUGCAUGCCAUAUCUGUUGGUACCGUAGUUCUUUAAGAUUUGUGUUAUAAUGACGCCACAGGGGGGGGAAGGGGGGGAACUCCUGGUGUCUUGAAUUUUAUCGAUGCAAGUCAGUUUUGGAAUAUCCACGCUCAACCUCAAGUUUCAGUUUCCAUUCCGAAUGCUGUGUAUGCUGUGUCUAAUAAUGUGGAAAUGUGCGUGGCUGAACGAGUUUGCUUUACAAAGGACGGAGCAAAGACUGUGUGUCCGUCUGUGAAAUGAACAUAUAAAUUUGAUGUAAUAAUUCUGUAUGACUUGUGUUUCAGUGUAAGUUGUAAAUAGGAACGGGAUGUAGAGCUAGAAGUGUAUUCGCUACUCUUCCUCAUCACAGCCACCCCCCCCCCCCUCGUUUCUGCUCUUCACCCCUGCCAGUGUCCCUUGCCUUCAUUUUUUUUUUACUUUGUUUUCCCAUUUUAUUUCUGCUCCUCUUCCUCUUCUCCUUCCCUAUACCUCUUCAUUUGAUCUCUCCUUCUUUCGUUGUCUUUCUCUACUCCCCACUUUUCUCCAGCUGGCAUUCACAUGGAUAUAGUUUUAGAGAGAAGGAACUGGGAAAUGAGAUCAGUAAAACAAGAGGGAGAAGGGGAAAAGAGGGGAGAAUAAAGUGUUUACUAUGCAAAAGGAAGGAAGAGAAGAAGAGGACGAUGAUGAGGGCAACUUUUAUAAAGCAAACCGAAGAAACGGUGUGACAGGACAGAAUUCAUGUGUUGCAUGCGCCGUCCUUACCUGCGCGUGAGAAACACCUCCUGUAUAACACCAACAUUCAAAUAAAUGAUCAUGAUACCAUUUCAGUAA